CUGCCUCCCACCUCCCGCUAUAUAAGGUAUCCUUCUUCCUUUCCCGAAGCAUCCACUCCUGCGAGAAUGGUCGAAAAAGUCUGGAUCACGUACAACCAGACGCACAAGCUGUGUCAGGAUGCAGCGCCUCGCAUCUUGAAGGACUUUCAGCCAAAUCUCAUGAUCGCUAUCGGUGGCGGUGGUUACGUUCCCGCUCGAAUGCUUCGAUCCUUCCUUAAGCAGCCUGGCGCACCAAAUAUUCCUAUCCAGGCCAUCGGUCUGUCGCUAUACGAAGCCCUCGGUACAGACGAGCAGGUCGAAGCACCCGGCACCAAAGUCACGCGCACCCAAUGGCUGGACCUGACCAGUCUGGAAAUGGUCGAUCUGGUCGGCAAGAGCAUUCUCAUUGUGGAUGAAGUGGAUGACACACGCACAACACUCGAGUAUGCUGUGAAAGAGUUGCAGAAGGAUGUCGAUGAGGCGGCGAAGAAGGCUGGCCGAGGCGCAGAAACCACCAAGUUCUCCAUCUUUGUUCUGCACAACAAGGACAAGGCGAAGAAGGGCACGCUACCCGAGGAGAUGAUCAGCAACAAUCGGUACCUGGCUGCGAGGACGGUACCAGACGUGUGGAUCAACUACCCAUGGGAGGCUACCGAUAUUGAUGAGCACGACCGUAUGGCCGCACAGCAAACGAUCCAGUAGUCAAUCACUCUGAACCACGACUGAGGACGAUGCAAUGCCACAACACGAAGUAAUGCGGAGUGGGCGAGGAACCGAGUACGAUAUCAUACACGCACGACACGGGAAUUUCCUGGAUACCGAUACGCGACGGCAGCCGAAUUCAGUGGUCUGAGGCCAAAGACCUCCAAAUGGGAGCUGGGACGCAAACGAGUCAAACAUACGUGUCUCGCACAAUGGUAUCAAAUGAACUGGGGAGGACCUCUUAGGCGCGCAAUUCUGUCCUGGCCACAGGUCUGAGCUGACAUCCAAUACCAUUUCGACAUUCACCACAAUAGGAACGUCGUAUACCGUUCAAAGCACUACUAUCAGGAGGCGCGUACAGGGAAAAAGAAACCGACAAUCGCACAAAGAUACUUGUUGGGAACAACGUAAUCGAGUUUGCGUUACCCUCCUUUGCGGUUCUCAAGUCGACAUCACCGCUAUACAAGCCAUCUCAUCUCGCAGAAACGCAUUUUCGGUGGGCAGCAUCAUGCUCUUCCAUUGUGAGGAGGGCGUCCUUCAAUCCACAUCAUGAUCUUUGUUGCCACCAUUCGGCAGACGAUCUCGUAGCCAUCGUAGUGUAGCCUCUGUGCCUUUGUCCAACAGCCUGUAAUUCGGCACGCGAAACGCGUUGCUGCUAACAUUGAAAUUGCGCAGACCCUCGUCCCACAGGAGUCCAAUCUCAGCGGGCAAAGCUUCAAUAUCAUUGGAGGCUAGAUUGACAGUAUGUAGUCCUCGCAGCGCAUCAGCACUAAUGGUGCGAAUCUUAUUGUCGGUAGCGAAAAGUGUUGUGAGUUGCGGAUACACCGUACGCAGAGCCGGCAGAUCACCACUGAGUCGGUUCGCGGUCAAGUGCAGGGUCUUGAGAUUCGGAGCUUGUAGGAAUGUCAUUAAUAGAUCCAGGGACUGGAUCCGACACUUGCUCAAGUUGAGCUCCUCCAGUGUGGGUAGAGUGAUUUCGUCAGUGAGGUACUCUGUGCCGAGGGAGUUGCCGGACAAGUCGAGCGAGCGCAGAUCUUGAACCAGAGAGAGCACGGGUGGAAUGACAGUGAUACCGCUAUCCGGUAGCUGUAGCUGACGAACCGAGUUGCUCCGCAGGAACGAGCUGAGAUCCUCGUCCAAAUCAUCUGCUAGAUCUUUGCCGGAAAGACUCAGGAGGCCGUUCCCUUUCACUGACCAUUGUGAGGUCUGGUCCUCGGCACCAACAACUGUCACUGGGCUGGUCGGCUCUUCAUCGUCAAAAUCACCCCCAGAUCCAGGCGCUAUCUUCGCCCGCAGAUCACGCUUGAUGUCUGCAGCAUUCAUAGUAAGAAACUUCUUCUCUCGUAGCGGAUUGGCAGCCAACACAAGGGAGUCCAGAUUUGCCAUUCUGCAAAUCUCUGGAUCUAGCAUACGAAGCUCGUUGCUGGUAAAAUUGGCGUUGCGCAGCUUGGACAGACUCGUGAAGCCCUCUGGAAAAUCCACAAUCUUGUUGUCGCCUGCGUGGAGUGUCAUCAGCUCGCUCCAUCCCGAUACCGACGGCAGAGACGUCAUCUGGUUGUUGGUCAAGUACAGUUCUCUGAGUUUCGGCAUUUCGAGCGCUUCCGAGAACGUCAAUGCGGCGAGUGAAUUGUUGGCCACAUUCAGGCUCUGUAGUGUUGAAUGUCCGGACGGGCCGCCAAGCGGAAACAGUGAUGCUAUCAACGCAUUGCUGCUGGCGUCCAACUCGGUAAGCGGAAUCUGUACGAGAGCCUCCAUCGGCAGUGUGGUAAGUUGAUUGCCAGAUACGUUCAGCACUCGCAAGCCCACCAGGUCGACCAGUGCUUCGGGUAGGCCGAGCAACCGGUUGGUACCCACGUCUAACACUUCCAGUUUUGUCAGGCUACAUAUUGCGCUGGGGAGGUUACCUGUCAAGUUGUUAUUGCCAAGCCUCAAUUCUUUCAGAGUCGGUAUUUGUGCGAUGAUGUCGAUCACGGUGUUUUCCAACUUGUUAUGUGUCACGUUGAGGUGGGCGAGGCGGUCUAGACGUCGCAGUCCCAUGGGCAAUGCCGAGAGUGAGUUUCCGUGAAGAUCGAGCAGUUCCAGUCCUCCAAACUGAUUGCCCUGCGCGUCUUCGUCUUCCGCGAGCUCCUCGUGCGAGCGGUCAGGAAAGACAGACUCGUCGAUGACCUCGAAGUCGUUAUCAGCUGCAAUAAAUUUGGUCAAGUCGACAACCUCUGCCCAAUUGACCUUGCUGUCCUCCAUGGUCUUUGCAUCGUACAUGGUUCGAAUCUCCUCCGGCAUCUCUUUCAGGCCCAUGGCGGCAACGUUGAGCUUGCCACUCAUGCGCGCAUUGUGCACUCGAUACUUCAGGACGUGCUUUUCGUCCUUGGGCGCUUGCCCGAAUGGGUCAGCAUGAUCAUCAGCGGCAAUCGCAGUUUCGUCGCUGGUGACCUGGGGUUGCGAAGAGUCCGACUCUCGCUUGGUAGCAGCCUCUUUAUGCUUUCUUGCUGCUGCUUUGGCUGCUGCAAUCUGUUCUCGUAGAGCUGCAGACGAAUUGCUAAUCGCACGUUUGCCUUCGCUCGGCUCGGCCUCGUUUGUUGACACAGAAAGUGCUGGCUUGGUUGCUGAAGUGCGCUUUGCAGGCGACACAAAUGCGUCUCCAAGGGCCGGUCUCGGCUUCGCAGGUCGUGAUGAGGCAAUGGUUCUCGUGCCGUUGCCCAUCUUGGUCAAGGAGGUUUUUGGAAUUCCUAUGGAAGAGGCAUUUGGCAAGGCGGAGGGUUUCUUUACUGGUGAUGUUGCCCUUUGGGCGUCGACUCUCGCUUGCUGAAGUCUACUCGUCAGGCCACCGCCACCGCCAAUGCUCUGCUUCGUGGUGUGUGUCGCAGGCAAUGAGCUGAUUCUGGAUGCCGUCUUGGUUGUAGUUCGCGUGAAAGGCUUGGCGCUGGCUGGAGCGAUACGCGUCGAGCCAGCCCUGCUCAGCGGGCGCGAGGAAGUACUGCCAUCGCUAGUGCCCGGCCUGCUCCCAGAUCUGCCAUUCCUACUCAUAGCAGAAGUAGGACGUGGAGGAGGACCCAUGGGGCUGUCUGGCGGGUUGAAGAAGCCGGACCGUCGGCGUUCAUUCGGCGUCGACGGCACCGACUGCAGGCUUUCGAUAGUCCUCUCCGACAGCGAAGGUCGCGGGUGCCUCCGCUGAGGAGCAGCGGCAUCCUGAGCCUGAGUGCUUUCUGCGUACUCGGGCGAUCCUCCUGGCAGCUCGUCUUCGAAGCCUUGGCGCGAGGCAGAGCGGAAGCUGUCCAGCGAGCUGAGUUUGUCGUGCUUUUCUUCGUCAUCAGUGGCUGCUCGAGAUCGUGAUCGUGGAGCACCAAACGCCCGUUUCUGAAGUCCGCUGCGAGGGCGCGGUGGCACCAGACCAGAUACAGAUGUGGCAGGCUUGGCAAGUGCUGGUUUGGUGAGGUUGGUGCGGAUCGAGGUCGGUACAGGCUUCUGGAGGCCCGACCCCAUGCCACUACCACCACCACCACCACCACCACCACCACCGCCACUCCUACUGCUACUACUACUCCUGCUACUACUUGGGGGCUUCAAAGACGAUGCUGAUGAUAUCGAGGUGGGACGUGCCAGGCCGGAGGUCGAUGUUUUACCUUGGAAUCGCGGAGUUGAUAUCGUCGUCGUCGUCGUAGUCGCCGCCGCCGCCGCUACUGGCUUUCCGGGAGUGGACGAGCGUGGUACCUGUUCUAUGGAUCGCUGUGGUGGCCGCAACCCCGACGAUGACAAUGCUGAGGACGAUGGAGGCACCAGCAUUGAAGUCGGCCGGGGCUUGGCAGGCGUAGGGGCAGACGCAGGCGUCGGCGUAGACGUCGGGGUCGGUCUGGUGGUGGGCAGCUUGGACGGGCCUCGUGGAAUACCGGUGGAGGGUUUGCCGCCGAUGGCUGUGGGUGGUGUUGCUGUCCGGGUUGCUGUUGCUGUUGCUGGCUGCGAAUAAUCCAUGUUGGCGGGCGGGCGCCGUGGCUGUUGUUGGCCUGUGAGGUAGCUAAGGUAAUUCUAUGGGAUACAGUAGGUAGCCUUCACGGAUGCAUGGCUGGAACGGG